AUGUUGGCGAGGCAUUUUUUGUGCCAAUCUUCAUUAUCCUCUUUUAUUGCAGAAAUAUCCCCCCGUAAAGAUCAUUCUCCAACUAACAGCGGCGGAGGUGGUGGAAGUGAAUCCGGGGGCGAUGAAUCUGUGCCAAGUGAACCUCGUCCAAAUUCUUCAUCCCCGUCAAAAAAACAAAAUAAUAUAACAGAAGAUAUAGAAACACAAUUGAAUGUUGAAACAGUUAGAGGAUUGUCGCCAGAUGAACAAUUGGUUAAUAGCGGCAGGAAAAUAUCUUUUAGUACAGCUCCAAUCCGUGUUUAUAAAACACAUGGCAUAGAAGAAUACGAUCGUCGCAAUGAAGAAAUAGAUCCUGUAGCUAGUUGUGCAGAAUAUGAAUUGGAACGUCGACUAGAGCGUAUGGAACUGUUUGAUGUUGAACUUGAAAAAGGCCCUGAAGGUUUAGGAAUUAAUAUAAUAGGUAUGGGCGUUGGUGCAGAUGCUGGAUUAGAAAAACUUGGAAUUUUUGUAAAAAGUAUAACCCCUGGAGGUGCUGUCCAUCGUGACGGGCGUAUUAGAGUUUGUGACCAAAUUGUUUGUGUUGAUGGUAUUUCGCUUGUUGGCGUUUCACAAUUAUUUGCUGCACAAAAUCUUCGUUCAACAGGUCCUAGGGUUCAAUUCACAAUUGGACGUGAACAUAAUUUAGAAGGAAGUGAAGUAGCUCAAUUAAUAAAUCAAAGUUUAGAGCAAGAAAGGCUUGGGGAAAAACAUAAACAUCAAAUAAAAAAAUUGUGGGAUAGAGUUGAAAAUAGUUGUAAUGAAGAGGAUGAAGAAGAAGAAAAUGAAGGACAGCAAAAAGACAGGAUUGUCAAUUCUUUAUCAACUUCGCAAUUAAAUCAACAACAACAAAAACAACAGCAAACAUUCAUUCACUCUUCAAAACAACAAUCAAAUAAUCAACAAGAAAUAAAUUCAAGAAUAAAAUUAUUAGAAGUUGAAUUGGAACAAUCAAAAAGAAAAGCUGAAGAAAUGAAUUCUUUAUUAGAAAAUACUAGACAACAUUAUUCACAAUUAGAAGGAAGAUAUAAUCAAGCUAGAGAUAUUGUCAAAUCAUUUCAAGAGAGAGAAAGAGAAAUGCUUAAACGUGAAGAAACACAUAUUGAACUAAUGCGUACAAAAGAAAAGGAAUAUUCUGAACUUAUAUUAAAUUUACGUUCACGUAUUGAAGAAUUGGAAAAAAGGAUAGAAUUAGCUAUAGCUGAAAGGAAGGAGGAUAAUAAUAAUGAAAAGGAAAGGGAAAAACAACAACAAUUCAUUCCACAACAACAAGAAAAUGAACCUCCACCAGCACCACCAGCUCAUAGAGGUAACCACCACCACACAAAUCAAACUCAACAACAAAGAAGAAAUGAAUUAAUGCUACCUUCUCAACCACGCCAACAACAACGUGAAGGGGAAUUACAACAGCACCAACAACAACAGCACCAGCGUCAAUUCCGACCUGUGGGACUUCGACAUGCUGGACUUACUUCCAAUUCAGUCCCUUUAUCAGCCGCUCCAAUUAUUUCUGGGACAACACAUCCACCACAUUACCUUAUUCAUUUUGGAGGACGUCCUCUUCCUUCCCCUGGGCAUCCUCUAUCACCUGCUAUUGAGGAAAUGGCUUCUGCACCAUAUGAAAACAGAAAUCAACAUUCCGGUCCUUCUCUAGGCAGCCCCGUUCCAAGAAUUUCAGAGCCAGCCUCCCCUGCACUCCCACAAAAAUGGGCAAAACAUAAUAUUGGACAUGGGACAACAAUUCAACAAAGUAAUAGUACAGGCCCACGCCUCGGUCUUUUCCCUUUGCGACGACGUUGUUUUGCUCCAGCAGAAAAUGAAUUUUGGCGUGAAAAUCAAGAAGCACAAGGAAUGGCUGUACUAAAUUGGGGUGUUGAUGAUAUAUGUCAAUUAUUAAUUCAUCUGGGGCUGGAAAAGUAUAUACCAGAAUUUACAGUCAACAAAGUUACAGGACCCAAAUUUCUCGAUUUGGACGGCUCCAAAUUAAAAGCAAUGGGUCUAUUUAAUCAUUCAGAACGUGCAGUUAUCAAAAAACGUAUAAAAGCCAUAAAGCAGCGAAUAGAACGCGAACGCAAAACUUUGGAAAAAGAAGCAAAAGCGCGAAAUGCUGUUAAAAUUGUUUCUGUUCAAAAUUGAAAUUUUUCAAAUUUUCCCAAAAAUUCGUGCAUAUUAUUUAUUUUUUAAAAAACAUAAUCCAAAAAUUCUUUUCUUUUUCAAUAUUUACCUCCUUUACUUUUUUUUUAAAUUUUGUAGAAAUUUAAAAAUUAAAUGUAAAAAAAUAAAGGUCACCCACCCCACCCACAACGAAAUCCCCCAUUAGAUUUUCCCUUUUUUUCUCUUUCCUCUGUCACAAAAAAUUAAAAUAUACCUAUCCCCUUUCUCCCGCCUUUAACUCCUUCCCUUUUCUUUCCCCAUUUGACC